GUCAGUAAAAAGUAUUUAAUCAGAAAAAGGUGUGUGAGUACUAAUUACUUCCGUGUUUGAUACACGAUGGCGAUGGGCAGUAGCUGCUUCGUGAAAACUGGUUAACAUUGUUUAUUUUAAUCUCACCCUAAUGUAGAACCGCAUACCAGUCUGUGAAAUAAUAGCCGGCAGCGCUUUUGUCCACAAAACAUGAGCUCAUGAAUGACGUGAUACGACUGGUCGUUAGUUUAUUAGGGUUCCCGAUAUAACGAUAGGUGCGCUACUAGUUACCAGAGGUCUUCCGGUUCUCUCGCGUCUCAACCAAACAUGCUGGUGGAGUGUUUCCAAUCCAGACAUUUCUAUUGGUUGAAAUUCAACGCCAAUCAUAUUACACUCCCAGAUAGCCUCCCAAUUUAAUUCGCCUCGCUGACUUCCAGACUGUUUCAAUUGGUUGAGAGGAGAGAAAAAAAAAAAAAAAAAAAGGAGACUACGCAUUGCAGUGAGUUCCUGCAUAGCGUUUCCUGUCGUCGCGCGGACUUAGUCGCCGUUUAAGUAUUGGCCAGUGCCUUAGGCAGUAUUCGUGAGGCGCUCUUUCUCAGAUCACGCAGAUGUUCGCUUUCCCCGGACUCUGCUCAACAAGCGGGGUUAGAAAAGGCGCAAACGGCGGCGGCGGUGCCUUCUUUGUACCCCCUUUUUAACAGCCGGCGGCCGAGUUCGGGAUGUUCUUGUGCUCAUCAUGGAGACGAGACGAGGGGAGAUUCCCACCAGUGUCCUGGACGACCUGUGCAGCCGAUUCAUCCUGCACAUUCCGAGUGAAGAAAGGGACAAUGCCAUCAGAGUUUGCUUCCAGAUCGAGCUUGCCCACUGGUUCUACUUGGACUUCUGCAUGCAGAACUCACCAGGAUUACCUCAGUGUGGGAUAAGAGACUUUGCCAAAGCUGUUUUUAAUCAUUGUCCAUUUUUGUUGCCACAAGGAGAGGAUGUUCAGAAGGUGUUAGAACAAUGGAAGGAGUACAAAAUGGGAGUUCCAACAUAUGGAGCGAUCAUUCUCGACGAAACCUACAACAAUGUGCUGCUGGUUCAAGGCUAUCUGGCAAAGUCAGGCUGGGGCUUUCCAAAGGGGAAAGUGAACGAGGACGAGGCUCCCCAUGACUGCGCUGUGCGAGAGGUCUUGGAAGAGACCGGUUUUGAUAUCCGGGACCGCAUCUGCAAAGAUGUUUUCAUUGAGCAGAAGAUCACAGAUCAGUUGGCUCGUUUAUACAUAAUUCCUGGAGUUCCAAAGGAGACAAAGUUCAAUCCCAAGACAAGAAAGGAAAUUCGGAACAUUGAGUGGUUCCCUGUGGAUAAACUGCCAUGUCACCGAAAUGACAUGACACCCAAGUCUAAACUUGGACUGGCCCCCAACAAGUUCUUUAUGGCCAUUCCAUUCAUAAGACCCCUUAGGGAAUGGAUUGCCAAGCAUAAAGCAGACUCGUCAGACAGCGAGGAGGAAUUGGUCCCCAAUGGCAGCACUCCAUGCAAACUCCAAACAGAUAAAGUCCGGCCUAAAGCCAGACGGAAUCAGCUGUCAGCUGAAGCAUCUCCAGCAGAGGCCUGGCCAAAACAGAAGCAGAAGCAUCCCAGCCAACCCAGUCAAUAUGAGCUGGCAGAGUUUUUGAAAGUUAAGAAUCCAAAUAUGAAGGGCAAUGGGAGGAGGCACCAGGACUCGCCAAGUGUAAAGAAGAGGCCGAAUGGGGUCAGCAACCAGCUGGGGACUCUCCACCAGCUGGUUAAAGAGGACAAGAGACUUCAGCCUAGGAGACUGCAGGACAACUUUGACACAGACACCGCAUGUGACGUUUGCAGCUCAAACGACGAACAGCCGUUGGCCGCGUGCAACGGAGACUGUGAGCGCCUGCUUUCCUCAAAGACUUUCCUUAACUUCAAAUUUGAUCGGGAAGCCAUUAUGAAAUGCUUUGACUCGUGACGUCAGUCAGGGGAUCUUUUCGUGUUGGAAUUGUGUGGCGUUUCGUUCUCAGGAUCGGGGAAGGGAGGAAAGCAGUUUUAUAGGGGGAGAAACAACUACAGAGACAUGCAGUCUCAGGUUUAGUAUUGCGCUGCUGAAAAUGUGAAAGGUCAAUCAGUUGGCUUUUUAAAUAUUAAACACCCCUCCACCCUUUUCUCAUCUUGGCUAGUGUUUUCAGUCCCCCUUCCUCCCUUCUCUCUCUCAAAGCAAUGCACUGCAAGCUUUCUGGUUUUAAAUAUGCUUUUCUAGGGGGCAGUAAGAGCAUUCGAACACUGGAUGGGCACAGGAUGCAUACUGAAAACAGGUACACUAUGGGGUCUACUUUUAGCUUUGUUCACUGAAGAUCAGAUGAAGUUAAAGCUGAUUUCUUGUAGGCACUGGACACAAAGCAACCCAGUGGUACUGGAGCGUGCAUUGUUUUAAAGCCAUUGUUUUCGCUAUAUGUACCUUUUCUCUCUUAGGUAAUUUUACCUCAUUAAUGUUGUAUUCCUUCGUGGCAGCCCAGGUGCGUCUAAGAGCGUGCGUUCUUGCGCUCGCCUGUUGCACAUCACCAGGGCGGUGGAGUGAGAUUGUUUGCAUGAACAGCCUCGUUUCCCUGCCGGUCGACGGAAUGCAGCUCAGAUAUGUGACUUGUUGCAGCAGAACGGCACACCCUCUCUUCUAAAUCGGCUCAAUUUUAAUGUGAUGUCUUGUUAUGAAAUUGGGCAUGAAGCAGACUGUCCUGUUGUCCUGAUUUCUCGGUGCACCCCACAGGGCUCUGAAGCGCGGUGAAACACCGAACAUUAGGAAAGCUGAGCUGGGAUGGCCAUUUUGAGAAAAUUCCCCAAAUUCAGUUUUUGAGAAUUGGUUCCUCUCAAAUACGGAAAAUGCAAACGUGUAAAGAAACGAAAUUGUUUUAAAUGUAAAAUAUUCAUAUGUGCCAUCCAAAGGCUUUUUAAAGACCUUUUAUUGACCGCUAGGGGGCCUCAAAUCUUUUUCUUUUUUAAAUCCUCACCAUUUUUAUUUCUAUACUCUUGACCAGUAGUUCACUGUGCAGGAGAUCUGGUUAUGAGUCAAGUCGCACCCAUCCCUAAAAUUCUGAACAAAACACCUGUGGAAGAAGACAUCUGCCCAACAACAGUAUGAAAAGUGAAUCUGUGGAACCUUGAGUAAUGUGAAGUCGAAAUCCAUUUGCGUUUAUUAUUGACUAGUUGUCUGCUCUCAAUGGAUCAGUGCACGUAGCUAACGGCAGAAUCCCUCCCGUUCCACUGAUUUAAAUUCGUCUUAUUUCUGAGGUGUCGUACAACGAGCUGAUGUGUAGGCUUACCACAGAUUUCCUUGCAGUUCCGUGGAACAGCAACAUGGUCAUACCCGUCAUCAUUGUUUCUAUAAUAACCAAGGUAGUUCAUCAGAAUGCUUUCAAGCUAAUGAAAAAGUAUUAACUCUUGACUAUGUAGUGGCAUCGUAGGUAUGUGCACCUCUUCAGCAGGAGCAAAAUUCCGAUAUUUCCAAUAUUAGGUUCUCCAGCAAACAUUUUGAAAGUCCACAUUUUGCUUAUUUGCAGUGAAAAGUAAUUUGGUAUAGUUUACAUAAUUGUCUUUACC